CUACAAAAACAAAAUGGCGGCAGUGGUCAUAGCAAAAUAUUUAUGCGCCAAACAUGUGUAGCAAACCAAUUUGGAGCUCAACCAUUUUACCUCUAAUGACAACCUAGGCGGAGGAUCUUCAAAUGAGGGGUUUCGAUUAUGCGUUUGGGACCGUUUUGCCUGCACAAGCCCUCGCUUAAGUUAUAUCUUGCGUGUGCCCUUACAUUCGUCAUCACUUUGUACUUGUUUUGGAGUGGUUGUGAAGUCGCAACUUCCUUGCCUCCUACGAAACUACAAGAGAUAAGAGGUGUGCCGCAAACCGUUGCAGAUUGUCCCAAAGUAAUUACAAAAGUGACUUACGCAAACAAAGCAGAAGGUGAGCAGAGCGAAGAAGCGGAAUUCACUCGCUCUAAGGCCUCAACGAACCAAAACAUUUGCCCCGAUGUCGAGCGCAUCGACGCGAUAGUGAAUGGCGAAAAGAAAUUUCAAGCUACGCUUCAUGGAGGGGAAGCUUACGUUCCGUUUUCAUUCAUCAAGGAAUAUUUUGAUAUCUAUGGCGAACUACAGGAAAUUGAAGGGAAAACUGUUUUAGACUGGCGACAUUCUUACUCCGAAGUGCGUACAGCGAAAGCGGGAAGCGCUUAUGAAACGAGAGGACCUUUCCUCUGGUUUGAAACGUAUCACGUUGAAGGCCGCUCUCGAGUCAAAUGUGUUAGCGGCAUUGAGGAAGUUCCUGUUUCAACGCAAUGGAACCCGAAAGGACAUUAUUAUCCUAUACAGAUAGCACAAUACGGCCUUUCACACUACAACAUGUUGCUUCUGGAAGGCGAUUCGAAGGAGAAGCGGAAGGUGUUUGAAGAUGCUGAAAGCGUUUCCGACGUAACUUGGAACUGGGCAACCUCACAAAAUGCAAAGAUGGUCAAUGUGUUCGAUAAAGAACGCAAUACUCGAGUUUUACAGUUUUCUACAUCAGGUGAGCUUUCUUAGUUGCUUAGAUUUCUGAGAUUUUCAUAUUGCUUAUGUUAUAAAUUUACGCCUUCGUUUCUUGUCAAUUUAGAUCAAAACACUGCGUGAUCUUAAUUGAAUACUAUAUAAACCUACUAAAUGCAAAUUAGAAACACUACAAUUUAAAUUUUCCUCCCUCCUUCAUUUUCGGCACAAUCUGAGAUCAUUGUUUCUAAAAAAAGAAACUUGAAACAUUUCCAGUUGAUUCGUAAUCUGUUUGUUUUGUUAAUUUUGUUGCGAGUGUGUUUUCAAUCAGGCUUUUCCAAUUUUUUUCUAGAGGACAAAGAAAUGUAAACAUGCUCAAAACCAUGAAAUCAUUGUAUUUCAUUAAAACAUUUCUAUUUCUGGUAUCAGCGACUAGGGAACAAUUUAGAUCUACCUUACGAGGAAUUUAAACAUUUUUUAUCCGUGAGGACUGAAAACCGGUGUUAAUUUAUACGGUGAACGUAAUUUUCUAGGUAAACAAAUUCCAAAAUUCUUGUACAUUCGAUAAGAUUUAUCGGCUGCAUCUGCCGUCGAUUUCCUUGCGAUAAGCCUUGCAUAAACGAGCGAAGACGCAAAAUAAAGUCUAAACCACCGUUGGCAAAUGUCCUAUUUAAAAAGCUUUUAUGCUAGUUUAGAUUUCCGUAUUUAUUUGCUAAGAAGCUUUUCAGUUUUUUUAAGGGUUUGAGCUUGCCUUGCGGACCACUAAGUAAGAUCAAAACACUUUACGCUUUAUUGAAAACCGAUUUAAUCCGUAUGGGGUGUCAGCUAAACUAAAUAUUUAAUACCUUCCUUAAGCCUUUCGCUUGGCUUAAAUCGUGCCUAAUUUCAAGUUUACUAAUAUGGUGUCUGUGUUCUGUCUUACAAGUCGGAAACUUGCUACUUUUGAGAAACAGAGACUCUGAAUUAAUUAAAAGGCAAUAGUCAGCGCCUAUCGCAUUUUCCAGACUUAAGAUUUGUACUUGAUAAGUUACUCUAAAUUGACCAUCCUUAUCUUGGUUUUAAUUAGCAUCUAUGGUCAGUGAUCUCCUCUAGGAUGUCAUUGAAUAUUUUCAUAUUAUCAUGUUUCAGACUUUUUUUUUAUGUUUUGGAGAUUUUAUUUGUGGAGUCUCGCUUUUCUUUUCUGGAAAAAGACAUGUCUGUUGUUUUAUUUCUUUCCAGACUUGCCAAAUUGAAUUACAUGAAUAUUUCACUGAUAAAUUGCUUUCCAGUAUCUUUGGUAACCCAUUCUUGGCAAAAUAACCUUUUAGUCUAGCAAAAGUAAAAUUUAAACUUAUGAUUUGAAUUUCUUUUAUUUUAUAAGGAAUUUUUUAAUAAUUUUCAGGAUCACCAUUCAAUGCUUUGAAGUAUCCACUGACCACCCAAAACAUUCGAGAAAAACACAUCUUUCCUCACUAAACUCUUGCUCUCAGUCAAGUUGAGGGAAUCUUUCUUUUAAAAAUGAUUACAGAUAACUUAACGAUUGUUGAAACUAGACAAAAAUUUCUGACCUUUUGAAUAAUGAAUCAAGGAUACGGUAUCCUUUCCUUUGAGUAGAUUAGCAAGUCAAGGUUAAAUGUUCAUUAAGAAUACUUAUGGUAGAUAUUUCAGAAACCAGAUAGUUAUAGCAGCACAAAAAAAGCUGUAGUUUUCAAAGAUAGAUUGAAACACUUCUAAUAUGUUCCCCACUCGAAAGGUUUUUUAAAGCCAAUAUUUGCUUGCUAUGGCUAUAUACAAAAUGAACUUACUAAUUAGCUUUUUUAAGCACAAAGCCCCUUAACUAUAUUGUGUCCCAAGAAUUUUACUAUAUUUUUUUUUAGUGAUGCCUUAGUAUAAAGCAUUAAAUUAAGGCAUUAGAUCCGUCGUGUUCAUGGAAAAUAGCUACUUAAUUUCUCAAUUGUGUUUACUCAUAAUUGCUGGUACUGUGCUACACUGUUUUUCACUCUGCACAAAGUUUUAGUCCUCAGUGUGGAAGAAAAGUGACAUACUGUAGGUUAGAAACUCCACACUACUGUUCAGUAACUGGAAGUAAACACAGCCAGGCCAGAAACAUAAUGUCAUUGGCAACUUAACAGUGUCCUGUAGGAGGUAAAUUGCUUUUUAAAGCUGAUGAAGUCAUAUUAUAUACAGUCGUAAAUGCAGAAUUAUUAUCAUCAUGAUAGUCAAAGGUGUGAAUGACAAAUAUUCUAUGUUGAAAGUGCACCAAAUAAUAAUGAGUGGUGUCCUGUGUUACUUGCCAAGGUAUCCUUUUAUGAAGGACCUCAGCACAAGAUGUCCAAUAUUAUUCCUCUUUCUCUUUCGGAACUUGGAUGUUGUGUUAAUCAUGCAAUUCCAGGAGAAUUCAGCUCUAUUUGUUGAAUUGAUUAAGUUGGAAUAAUGGUGACUGUGUAAAAAAAUUCACAUCAUUAAAUAAGGAACAUUUUUGCUGCCAAUUCCUGUCCUGUAUCGUUAACUCCAAAUUCUAAGUAAAAUGAUGCAUUAGGAGAAUUUCUAAUUUCAAUGAUUUGGAUGUGCCUGAAAAAAAGUGUGGUUCGGUACUUGUCUUACUUGACACUGCUUUGUGUCACCUGUUUUGUGAGGCUUGUGUUGAAUGACAGAUCACUUGAUUGAGUACUAGGCUUUCCAGUUAUUUUUUAUGCCACGUAAUUUUGAAACGAUCAAGCAGUAAUUUAAAAAGAGAAUUAAUGUGUGCGUGAAAGAAAUUGCUAUCACAUUUAUUGAACUUAAAAAUCAUUUCACUUCUUGUUAAUUUUUUCUACUGUACAAUUAUCAAACUGUAUUCAACUUCACAAACAUUCUGGUGGACGGAGUCAAGUUGCAUAUAAUACAUGGAUUGCUUGAAAGUUAAUUUACAGUUUUCUUUAUAAAUAUUUUUGUUCUUGAAUCAGUUAACGGUAGUAUAAAAGUGUUUUAAGGUAUUUUUUGUCAAACAUGAGACAAGGUGUGAACAAGGCCACACAUGAGGUCAUUUAAUUUCCUGCUGAGAUUUGUAUCAAAGUGUGGUGAUAAAAUCCAAGGUUACCUAAAAAUAAAAAUGUUUCCAUUGUUUUUUUUUAAAAAAUUUCUACCCUGUGAAAUACUCAAUGAUAAUUCCUUAUAAUCAGAUGAUAUUUUAUCACUAAGGUCAAACUGUAAAUGGAAGCAAUUAUCCUGUUAUCUUUUGUCUUGCAUGGGGUAAAACUUCUUUGAAAGUGAAAUGUUAAAGGAGAGGGGCUUGAUUUUACAUUUGAUUUUAAAUAGAGAAAAACGUUUUCAAUUUGCUUGCUGUAGUGUUAUGUUAAAGUGACAAUACUAGGAUGUUCUCCUAUUAAUGCCUCGACCAAGGCAGCUAAACCAAAAGUUUAAGUGGGUCAAAAGAUGCCGCACCUACAUACAAUCUUGGAUAAAAUAGAAUCCCCGCUGCCACCCUUAAGUCAAAAUACCACCUUUUAUUUGGGGAAAUGGGUGGCCUCAAUUUUUCGUUUUUAAAUCAUGAUUGUCGCCUACCAAUCUCUGGCUUUUACCUCCUCGCACACCACAAUAUUUCUGUGCUUAUUCCUAGUCGUAAACUGGCCUGUAAAUGUACACUUUCACUCCCUAUUAGCCGUGGCUUGCUGUAAUUGGCCAUUCUCUAUCGCUUUUACUGUACACUGUGUUAGUGCCUUUGUAAAAAAUUAACCAAGACAGCAACAACACCAGCAUAAAUUAUUCAGGUAAAUCAUGCUAUAUUGGUACUUCUGUGAACAAUUUAAAUAAUCAGUAGAAGAACUAAAAAUACAUUUAUAGUUCCCAAAUCUAUGUGUAAGUGUUGUAGGUAGGCAGUGCUUCUAAACCUCUGAAAAACAUUCCUUGUGGUUUUUCUUGAGAACCCGCAAACAUUUUGGCCACGUGCUCACCAGAUGACUGAGAUAUUGGGUGUGGCCGGCAACUAGCGGAAGUAGUUAUCUGAUCUGUUUCGCGGUCUGUAUGAGGACGAUUUGUGUUUAAGCAUGCUGAUAAGUCACUGCUAAAAGCACUGAUAAGUGGUUUUGAUAAUGCCCAAAAUUAUGGUUGAUGCUAGAAGGAAGAUAACAAGUGAAUUCUUCAAGGGAGGUUAAAACUUCAACCCUUCUUUUUGACACUGACACGGGUAGGGAUAUCCGAAAAUAUGCCCCGGGGCUUAUAUUUUUCUUGAGGGGCUGAUUUUUGGAGGGGCGUAUAUACAGAGGGAUAUUUGCGUUUCAAAAUCGGCUAGGCUUAUACCGGGAGGGAAAUAUGCGUCUUAAAAUCUUUUGGGCUAGCUUAUAGUUAGAAGGAAAUUUAUGUCAGUAAUUUGCCGCAAGUUUUUACUGAAACUCCCCUCGAGGACGUAGAUCUUUCUGAACCUCAGCCAUGCAAGUACUUUAUCUAUAUGGACCGAGAAAAUCCAAGCCAAAGACUGAAGAGUGAACUACGCAAACAGUAAUAUACUGUGACACGUUUUGACUGCAGUCAUUUGGCACAGGUUGAUUCUUUGGCAAUGCAAAAAUUUAUGUUUUAUUGUACAGUUUUUGCUUUGUGUUAUUUUGAAUUUGAGGGCAAUUUCCAAGUACAAGCCCCCAGGGGCUUGUAUUUGGAGGGGCGAUUUAUCGGGGGGGUUGCGUUUCGAGUUUGGGGGCCUUAUACAUGGAGGGGCUUAUUUUCGGAAUUUUACGAUAUUUGAGUUACAGUUGGAAAUAGAACAAACACAGACACACUAUCACAGUAGUAAUUUUAACAAACUUCAGGAGUGGAAUUGCCCUUUGGUUUAACAAAGCGAUGCUAAAACUGGAAACUUCUCCUUUUCAUUGUUUUUGUGACAUGUUAAUGUGGUCUAGUUCGGUUAUUUAACCAUCAGUUUACGGCCGACGAGUGGUCUGAUUUAUAAAUAUUUAUGGCACCUAACAUGAAUAUCCGGGUUUUUCCAACGCCAUCGUUUCGAAUAAACCUAAUUCAGAAAUAGUUGCUUUGGCAACUGGUUAUUGGUAAUCGGGCAUUGGGCAUUUGGGCGCACGAAACAUUGUUGCUGUCUUAGUUAACUUGUGUAUAUAUUGAAUCAGCUAUGUAACGUCGCGGGCAUGUAUAUCGCAAGCUACUGUAUCGAGCUGCAUUACUUUAAAGCGUCUCUGAAAACACGUCCCUGUGUUUAAAGUCGGUUUGCAAAGUGUACAGUUUCAUAUGCGCGAUUUUCCUGCCAUGAGACUUCCUUUAGCAAAGCUGUUUAAAAGUUGGAUUUAAGUUCAACCUCUUUGUGGAAUGUCGUAGGUUUCAAUAAAAAUGGCUCUAACACUAAGCUACGGGAGUUUUGUGGGGCUGAACUAGGUUCAUGUCGCGAACAUCCUAAAUGCCGCUGAACACCCAGAUAAAAUGGAACAGGAGACCCACACCCCACCCCUUGUCCAGGAUCAUAGGUGAGACGGUUUCAUAAUGGUCCCCCGGGCAUUUAUACUUAUGAUAGCGUGUAACGUUGCAAUAUAUAUUAUAUGGAUGAAAUCUCUUAAUGUGACCAAUUUUGUGGUCAUACUUCGAAGUUUUCCCGCGAGAGGAAAAGCUAAAAAAUGCAUCAUUUUCUUGUCAUUUGUUUGGUUUUAGAAAGUCUGUUUUAUGUCCAAAUUCGACGUAUCUCGCCUCGAAGGCGCCAGAUCAAUUAACAAGUACUUCACUGUGGCCCAUUUAGCACUUUAUCUUGUUAACACAGGUGUAGGUGGAAAUCGCUUCAAAUUGAAAGUGUGCCGCAAAAAGCGUAAAUAAACGGCUUCCGUCGAUAUAUAUCUAGAGUGCUUUGCGCAAAAACGUGUCACCCUUCUCGAAAAAUGUCUUGGUAUUUUAGGAAUCUUUGGUGUGCAUCGGCGUAUUAGUGUUUAUUUCCGCUGUUACUUUCGUCGACCGGCAUUGUGAAUUAUAUGCACGUGUAAAUUCAAUUUGGGAAAAUCAAAUUCCAGACAUGUGAAAAGGUCACAUAUCGCUUCCGUGUAAGUGUGGGUUAAAAAGAGACAUGAAAUUGACCUGAUUGUUGUUUAUUUAACGGAUGUAUAGAUUGCGUUUCUCACUUCUGGAGAGCGAAUCCUUGACCAACAAAAACGCGGAGUAAAAUUAACUAAACGGGGGGGGGGGGGAUACUCCAUCAUAAGGGCUUAAUGGGACGUGCGGCCAGCCAGAGUAUGUUUCUUGGGAUUUUUGUCUUAAACAGGGUAUCGAUUUUAUCACUUUUUGUCUUAAACUGGGUAUCUCUUUAUAUAGUUUUGUGAUUGCCAAUGGAUUAAAUAAGAAAGAGUUUCGAUAUUUAUUGUCUUACACAGGGUAUGGUUAAAUGUCUUAAACAGGGUACCAAAAAUCGGAAUUCUGUCUUAAACAGGGUAGGAAAAUCAGCGAUUUUUGUCUUAAACGGGGUCAGGGUAUGAUGGGCCGGGCAGCACCUCCCCACGCAAGGAUAUAUCGAGUCCCCCCCGGGACCAAACGUCUUGAAAGCGAAAGAGCCAAGGUUAUAUUUUUCUAUAUUUCGGUCAAGUUAACCACCAUGGUAGGAGCCUAAAGGGGCUACUAGUAUGGUUCGUGAUUUUGGUGGAAAGUUUUCGUCAGAACCCCCUUUACACAAAAACUUCCUUGUAUCAGUGGGUGAAGUUAAUUAGACAUCAUAGUCUUCGUGGGAAUGCUGGGAAAAGUACUCUAUGUUCGACUAGUAUAGCCGAGUGCUUCCGUCAAAAAUAUAACCAGCGGUUCAAAGGUCGUUUUUCUGUCUUGCCUAGUCAGACCCGACUCGAGUCUUUGGCAAACUCGAGUCCGCAGGAGGACGCCUAGUACAGUGAGAACCCGAGGUUUCUGUUUGCGAGAUUGGUACCGGACCGUCUCUUGUACGCAUUGUCACUUCUGAUCUGAGAAAUAACUGCUUGGGUGUCCUGUGGAAUUACGAGUCUUGGUUUGUUUGUCAUUUGUUCACAAACCUACAGUGGGACUCUAAUGACUAAUCUGUUUGUGUUUUGCCGGCAACCCUAUCUUCUCCAAUAUUGUCUACUCUAGUGACCAGGGCCCUUAAUCAUGCAUGUAUCAAUACAGAGCUUUAGAUUUGAGGACGAGGACGAGUGCGAGAUUUAACUUAAAGUUUUUUAGCGUAUUCUUGAAAAAUAUUCAACCCGGAAAGCUUCAUUGUACAGAAAAAUUAGUGCGGUUAUUUUUAUUGGAGAAGGUUUAGCCCUUUCGCGGUCGCAAAAUGAUUAAACUUAAAGAAUUUGAUAACUUGUUCCCGCCAUCACGACAUUCUUCGCCAAGACUCGUUGUAGAAUGACGACGGCUACCAGGUUUUCCCGCCAAAAUGACGUUGGUUCGUGUGCGCGCACUACUUAUUGAGAAAAUCUCGUUCUCAUAGUCGUCCUCGGCUCGGAAUCUAAAGCUCUCUGAUUAGAGAGCUUAAGAUUCUAAGAUAAUAAGUAGUGCUCGCGCGUGAACCAGCGUCAUUUUGGCGGGAAAAAGCGGGAGCCGUAGUCAUUCUACUACGAGUUUUAGCGCGAAUGUCGUGGUGGCGAAAACAAGAUAUCAAAUGUUAGAAGUUGUAUCAUUUUGCCAUCGGGAGAACGCGUAACCUCCUUCACUAAAGAUGAGAGUGCUAAUUUUUCUAGUGAAAAAUGGUAAAAUAAAGCGUUCCGGGAAGUCUACAUUUUGAGAAUACGCAAAAAACUUUUAAGUCAAAUCUCGUACUCGUCCUCGUUCUGAAAUCUAAAGGUCUCUAAUGACGGACGGAGACUGGCGGACUACUGCGUUUGUUAAUGAGGUAGAUUUAGUAACUUAAAAUGUGUUGGUACCUGGUUGACAAGUGCAUCAUAAAAGUCACAUGAUUACUGUAAAAUUAGCUUAAAAGGACAUGGCUUGAAAAUACCUAUGCACAUAUUUGAUUCAGAAGAGCCUUCAAUAUGUCUUUAGAGAGAAAGACUACGAGAUUCUCUCAAUGCUAAGUAGUGAACCAACGAUGCAGUAUGAUAUUGGACGAUCCAGACUCUGCGAAUCGUCCCAUCUUAGAGCUUUCAGUGAUGCUCCCCGUCAAAAUUUUCUAAGGUGACCAACAACCAAAUAUAAACUGCUAAGCGGCACCGAAACCAGCUUUAGGCAAACGUGAUAACCUUCGUCAUUCUACUUCGAGUGACAAAAACAAGUUAUCAAAUGUUAGAAGUUUUAUCAUUUUGCUAUCGGGAGAGGGCUUAACCUCCUUCAAUGAAGAUAACAGUGCUAACUGUUUUGGGGACAAAAGGUAAAAUGAAGCUCUCCGGGUUGUCUAUUUUUUGAGAAUAUGCGAAAAAACCUGCAAGUCAAAUCUUCGUAUUCGUCCUCGAAUCUAAAGGUCUCUACUUUAACAAGAAAGCGAAACAAUUUGUCCGAAAAUGACGUCACGAUCUUUCCCAGACUUGCGUUCCACUAAUAGGCUCCUGACCCCACUGGAAUUUUAGACAUGUGAAACGCGUGGAAGAAAAAUCGAUUUUGAAUUUGUUUUUCGCUCUUGUUAUCGGGACAUUGCGUAGAUUCUGCAGAGCAGAUGAAAAAUCCAUCCGUUAUAUACACUUAACGCCUUGCCUUCAAGCUACACUUUGCAACCGAUAACUUGGAACACCUUCGAGGAAAUAUCGGGAGGUACUAAGGAACAAAUAACGAAAGGCAAGGGCGGAUCUAGGGGGAGGGUGCAGGGGGUGCGCACCCCCCCCCUGACAUGACCUGCGGUUUUCUAAUACAACUGGUAUUCUUCGAAAAAAAAACUAUGUGGUUUAUUGGUGUUGAAGUAGAGCAAGAGACGACUGCACCCCCUCCUAAAAAAAAUCCUGGAUCCACCCUUGAAAGGGAGUCUUCAUUGCUGUUUGAAUGAUAUGAAAUCACUUUCUUUUGGAAGAGCAACGCCAACAGAAAAUUUAUUCACCACAUCGAUGAUACACUUGUUACCUUGUCUCGAAAGAGUUCAAGUUACCGAGGGUAAAGUUAUGUUAAAUUAACGAACUUGACCUGAAGGGAUAUAGAAUUACUUCUAGUUAUAAGAGACGUUUCCGGUUAUUAACGGUAAGGCUUACGUAUCGAGUGAUUCGAGGGGAAAUCAAUUUUGGUGCGAGUUAGCGCGGCUUUCUAGUUACCAGUAGUCAAUUGCUUUUUUAUGAGCUAUUCAUUGGAUGCUGUUCAUUGGCCAUGAUGCGGAAGCGCAUGAAACCUUUUCGUUGUUGAAACCGCGUUUCCUGCUCAACUAUAAUUUUUCUUGUAAUAAGAUCUAGGUGGAAACGUUAGGGUAGUGAAAAACGCAGAACAGCUUCUAAAAAUCACCAUCUGUCGCUGUUCUCACUGCUGUCACUGUUCUCGCUGUUCUUAGUGCUGUCACUCUUGUCGCUAAUGUCACUGUUGUCGCUGUUGUCACUGUUGUCGCUGGUGUCAUUGUUGUCACUGUUGUCACUGUUUUCUUUGUUGCACAGUUGUCACUGUUGUUGCUGUUGUCACUGUUUUCUGUGUUGCACUGUUGUCACUGUUGUCGCUGUUCUCACUGUUGUCACUGUUUUCGCUGUUCUUACUGUUGUCACUGUUGUGGCUGUUGUCACUGUGGUCACUGCUAUCGCUGUUGUCACUGUUGUCGCUGUUGUCACUGUUGUCACUGUUGUCACUGUUUUCUGUGUUUCACUGUUGUCACUGUUGUCGCUGUUGUCACUCUUUCCUGUGUUUUCGCUGUUCUUACUGUUGUCACUGUUGUGGCUGUUCUCACUGUUGUCACUGUGGUCACUGCUGUCACUGCUAUCACUGUUGUCGCUGUUGUCACUCUUUCCUGUGUUGCACUGUUGUCGCUGUUGUCACUGUUGUCAGUGUUCUCACUUUUGUCGCUGUUGUCACUGUUUUCACUGUUUUUUGUGUUCCACUGUUGUCACUGCUGUCACUGCUGUCACUGUUCUCCCUGUUGUCACUGUUCUUACUGUUGUUGCUGUUGUCACUGUCGUCACUGUUGUCACUGUUAUCGCUGUUCUCACUUUUCUCACUGUUGUCUCUGUUGUCACUGUUAUCACUGUUGCGCUGUCGUCACUGCUGUCACUGUUGUCACUCUUGGCAGUGCUCUCACUGUUCUCACCGCUGUCACUGUUCUCACUGUUGUCACUGCUAUCACUGUUGUCACUGUUGUCAGUGCUGUCACUGUUGUCACUGUUGUCUUUUCUUUCACUGUUGUCACUGCUGUCACUGUUGUCACUGUUGUCACUGUUGUCGCUGUUGUCACUGCUGUCACUGUUGUCACUACUGUCACUGCUGUCACUGUUGUCACUGUUGUCACUGUUGUUACUGUUGUCACUGUUGUCACUGUUGUCACUGUUGUCACUGUUGUCACUGUUGUCACUCUUGUCCCUGUUGUCACUGUUGUCACUGUUGUCACUGUUGUCACUGUUGUCACCGUUGUCACUGUUGUCACUGUUGUUACUGUUGUCACUGUUGUCACUGUUGUCACUGUUGUCACUGUUGUCACUGUUGUCACUGCUGUCACUGUUGUCACUGCUGUCACUGUUGUCACUGUUGUCACUUUUGUCACUGUUGUCACUGCUGUCACUGUUGUCACUGUUGUCAGUGUUGUCACUGUUGUCACUGCUGUCACUGUUGUCACUGUUGUCACUGUUGUCACUGUUGUCACUGUUGUCACUCUUGUCACUGUUGUCACUGUUGUCACUGCUGUCACUGUUGUCACUGCUGUCACUGUUGUCACUGUUGCUGUCACUGCUGUCACUGUUGUCACUGCUGUCACUGUUGUCACUGCUGUCACUGCUGUCAGUGUUGUCACUGCUGUCACUGUUGUCACUGUUGUCUUUGCUGUCACUUUUGUCACUGCUGUCACUGCUAUCACUGUUGUCACUGCUGUCACUGUUGUCACUGCUGUCACGGUUGUCACUGCUGUUACUGCUGUCACUGUUGUCACUGCUGUCACUGUUGUCUUUGCUGUCACUUUUGUCACUGCUGUCACUGCUAUCACUGUUGUCACUGCUGUCACUGCUGUCACUGUUGUCACUGCUGUCACGGUUGUCACUGCUGUCACUGUUGUUUGCUGUCACUGUUGUCACUGCUGUCACUGUUGUCACUGUUGUCACUGUUGUCACUGUUGUCACUGUUGUCAUUGCUGUCACUGUUGUCACUGCUGUCACUGUUGUCACUGCUGUCACUGUUGUCACACUGUUGUUGUCACUGCUGUCACUGUUGUCACUGUUGUCACUGUUGUCACUGCUGUCACUGUUGUCACUGCUGUCACUGCUGUCACUAUUUGUCACUGUUGUCACUGUUGUCACUGUUGUCUGGUUGUCACUGUUGUCACUGUUGUCACUGUCACUGUUGUCACUGCUGUCACUGCUUGUCAGUGUUGUCACUGUUGUCACUGUUGUCACUGUUUGUCACUGUUGUCACUGCUUGUCACUGUUGUCACUGUUGUCACUGUUGUCUUUAUUGUCACUGUUGUCACUGUUGUCACUGCUGUCACUGUUGUCACUGUUGUCACUGCUGUCACUGUUGUCACUGUUGUCACAUUUGUCACUGUUGUCAUUGUUGUCACUGUUGUCACUGCUGUCACUGUUGUCACUGCUGUCACUGUUGUCACUGUUGUCUUUGCUGUCACUUUUGUCUCUGUUGUCUUUGCUAUCACUGUUGUCACUGUUGUCACUGCUGUCACUGUUGUCACUGUUGUCACUGUUGUCACUGCUGUCACUGUUGUCACUGUUUUCACUGCUGUCACUGCUGUCACUGUUGUCACUGUUGUCACUGUUGUCACUGCUGUCACUGUUGUCACUGUUGUCACUGCUGUCACUGCUGUCACUGUUGUCACUGUUGUCACUGUUGUCACUGCUGUCACUGUUGUCACUGUUGUCACUGUUGUCACUGCUGUCGCUCUUGUCACUGUUGUCACUGCUGUCACUGUUGUCACUGUUGUCACCUUUGUCACUGCUGUCACUUUUGUCACUGCUGUCACUGCUGUCACUGUUGUCACUGCUGUCACUGCUGUCACUGUUGUCACUGUUGUCACUGCUGUCACUGCUGUCAUUGUUGUCACUGCUGUCACUGUUGUCAUUGCUGCCGCUGCUUUUAGUGUUGUCACUGUUGUCACUGUUGUCUUUGCUGUCACUUUUGUCACUGCUGUCACUGCUAUCACUGUUGUCACUUUUGUCACUGCUGUCACUGCUGUCACUGUUGUCACUGCUGUCACUGUUGUCACUGCUGUCACUGCUGUCACUGUUGUCACUGCUGUCACUGUUGUCACUGUUGUCACUGCUGUCGCUCUUGUCACUGUUGUCACUGUUUUCACUGCUGUCGCUCUUGUCACUGUUGUCACUGCUGUCACUGUUGUCACUGCUGUCACUGUUGUCACUGUUGUCACUGUUGUCACUGCUGUCACUGUUCUCACUGCUGUCACUGUUGUCACUGUUGUCUUUGCUGUCACUGCUUUCACUGUUGUCACUGCCGUCACGGUUGUCACUGCUGUCACUGCUGUCACUGUUGUCACUGCUUUCCCUGCUGUCACUGCUUUCAGUGUUGUCACUGUUGUCACUGUUUUCACUGUUGUCACUGUUGUCACCGUGUCACUACUGUCACUGUUGUCACUGUUGUCUUUGCUGUCAUUGCUGUCACUGUUGUCACUGCUGUCACUGUUGUCACUGCUGUCACUGUUGUCACUGCUGUCACUGUUGUCACUGCUGUCACUGCUGUCACUGUUGUCUUUGCUUUCACUGUUGUCACUGUUGUCACUGCUGUCACUGCUGUCACUGUUGUCACUGCUGUCACUGUUGUCACUGCUGUCACUGUUGUCACUGCUGUCACUGUUGUCACUGCUGUCACUGCUGUCACUGUUGUCACUGCUGUCACUGUUGUCACUGUUGUCACUGUUGUCACUGCUGUCACUGUUGUCACUGUUGUCACUGCUGUCAUUGUUGUCACUGCUGUCACCGUUGUCAGUGUUGUCACUGCUGUCACUGCUGUUACUGUUGUCACUGCUGUCGCUGCUGUCACUGUUGUCACUGUUGUCUUUGCUGUCACUGCUGUCACGGUUGUCACUGCUGUUACUGCUGUCACUGUUGUCACUGCUGUCACUGCUGUCAUUGUUGUCACUGCUGUCACUGUUGUCACUGUUCACUUUUGUCACUUUUGUCACUGCUGUCACUGCUGUCACUGUUGUCACUGCUGUCACUGCUGUCACUGUUGUCACUGCUGUCACUGUUGUCACUGCUGUCACUGUUGUCACUGUUGUCACUGCUGUCACUGCUUGUCACUGUCUGCUGUCACUGUUGUCACUGUUGUCACUGUUGUCACUGUUCACUGUGUCACUGCUGUCACUGUUGUCACUGUCACUGUUGUCACUGCUGUCACUGUUGUCACUGUUGUCACUGUCACUGUCACUGCUGUCACUGUUGUCACUGCUGUCACUGUUGUCACUGCUGUCACUGUUGUCACUGUUGUCACUGCUGUCACUGUUGUCACUGCUGUCACUGCUGUCACUGUGUCACUGUCUGCUGUCACUGCUGUCACUGUUGUCACUGCUGUCACUGUUGUCACUGCUGUCACUGUUGUCACUGCUGUCAGUGUUGUCACUGCUGUCACUGUUGUCACUGUUGUCUUUGCUGUCACUUUUGUCACUGCUGUCACUGCUAUCACUGUUGUCACUGCUGUCACUGCUGUCACUGUUGUCACUGCUGUCACGGUUGUCACUGCUGUUACUGCUGUCACUGUUGUCACUGCUGUCACUGUUGUCAUUGCUGCCGCUGCUUUUAGUGUUGUCACUGCUGUCACUGCUGUCACUGUUGUCUCUGCUGUCACUGUUGUCACUGUUGUCACUGCUGUCACUGUUGUCACUGCUGUCACUGCUGUCACUGUUGUCACUGCUGUCACUGUUGUCACUGCUGUCACUGUUGUCACUGUUGUCACUGCUGUCACUGUUGUCACUGCUGUCACUGCUGUCACUGUCACUGUCACUGUCACUGCUGUCACUGUUGUCACUGUUGUCACUGCUGUCACUGCUGUCACUGUUGUCACUGUUGUCACUGCUGUCACUGCUGUCACUGUUGUCACUGUUGUCACUGCUGUCACUGUUGUCACUGCUGUCACUGCUGUCACUGUUGUCACUGCUGUCACUGUUGUCACUGCUGUCACUGUUGUCACUGUUGUCACUGCUGUCACUGUUGUCACUGCUGUCACUGUUGUCACUGCUGUCACUGCUGUCACUGUUGUCACUGCUGUCACUGCUGUCACUGUUGUCACUGCUGUCACUGUUGUCACUGCUGUCACUGCUGUCACUGUUGUCACUGUUGUCACUGUUGUCACUGCUGUCACUGCUGUCACUGUUGUCACUGCUGUCACUGUUGUCACUGUUGUCACUGCUGUCACUGCUGUCACUGUUGUCACUGUUGUCACUGCUGUCACUGUUGUCACUGUUGUCACUGCUUUCACUGUUGUCACUGCUGUCACUGCUUGUCACUGUUGUCACUGCUGUCACUGUUGUCACUUUGUUGUUGUCACUGUUGUCACUGCUGUCACUGCUGUCACUGCUGUCACUGUUGUCACUGCUGUCACUGUCACUGUUGUCACUUUGUCACUGCUGUCACUGUUGUCACUGCUGUCACUGUCACUGUUGUCACUGCUGUCACUGUUGUCACUGUUGUCACUGUUGUCACUGCUGUCACUGUUGUCACUGUUGUCACUGCUGUCACUGUUGUCACUGUUGUCACUGCUGUCACUGCUGUCACUGUUGUCACUGUUGUCACUGUUGUCACUGCUGUCACUGUUGUCACUGUUGUCACUCACUGCUGUCACUGCUGUCACUGUUGUCACUGCUGUCACUGCUGUCACUGUUGUCACUGCUGUCACUGUUGUCACUGUUGUCACUCACUGUUGUCACUGCUGUCACUGCUGUCACUGUUGUCACUGCUGUCACUGUUGUCACUGUUGUCACUGCUGUCACUGUUGUCACUGUUGUCACUGCUGUCACUGUUGUCACUGCUGUCACUGUUGUCACUGCUGUCACUGUUGUCACUGUUGUCACUGCUGUCACUGUUGUCACUGCUGUCACUGUUGUCACUGUUGUCACUGCUGUCACUGUUGUCACUGUUGUCACUGUUGUCACUGCUGUCACUGUUGUCACUGUUGUCACUGCUGUCACUGUUGUCACUGCUGUCACUGCUGUCACUGUUGUCACUGUUGUCACUGCUGUCACUGCUGUCACUGUUGUCACUGUUGUCACUGCUGUCACUGUUGUCACUGUUGUCACUGUUGUCACUGCUGUCACUGCUGUCACUGUUGUCACUGCUGUCACUGCUGUCACUGUUGUCACUGCUGUCACUGUUGUCACUGCUGUCACUGCUGUCACUGUUGUCACUGCUGUCACUGCUGUCACUGCUGUCACUGUUGUCACUGCUGUCACUGCUGUCACUGUUGUCACUGUUGUCACUGCUGUCACUGUUGUCACUGUUGUCACUGCUGUCACUGUUGUCACUGCUGUCACUGUUGUCACUGCUGUCACUGUUGUCACUGUUGUCACUGCUGUCACUGCUGUCACUGCUGUCACUGUUGUCACUGUUGUCACUGUUGUCACUGUUGUCACUGCUGUCACUGUUGUCACUGUUGUCACUGCUGUCACUGUUGUCACUGUUGUCACUGCUGUCACUGCUGUCACUGUUGUCACUGCUGUCACUGUUGUCACUGUUGUCACUGUUGUCACUGUUGUCACUGCUGUCACUGCUGUCACUGUUGUCACUGCUGUCACUGUUGUCACUGUUGUCACUGUUGUCACUGUUGUCACUGCUGUCACUGCUGUCACUGUUGUCACUGUUGUCACUGCUGUCACUGCUGUCACUGUUGUCACUGCUGUCACUGCUGUCACUGUUGUCACUGCUGUCACUGUUGUCACUGUUGUCACUGCUGUCACUGUUGUCUCUGCUGUCACCGUUGUCACUGUUGUCAGUGUUGUCACUGCUGUCACUGCUGUCACUGUUGUCACUGUUGUCGCUGCUGUCACUGUUGUCAUUGCUGUCACUGCUGUCACUGUUGUCACUGCUUUCAGUGUUGUCACUGUUGUCACUGCUGUUAAUGCUGUCACUGUUUUCUUUGCUGCCACUGCUGUCACUGUUGUCGCUGCUGUCACUGUUGUCACUGUUGUUACUGUUGUCGUUGUUGUCACUGUUGUCACUGCUGUCACUGUUGUCACUGUUGUCAGUGUUGUCACUGUUGUCAUGUUGUACCUGUUGUCAGUAUUGUCACUGCUGUCACUGUUGUCACUGCUGUCACUUCUGUCACUGCUGUCAAUGUUUUCACUAUUGUCCCUGUGGUCACUGUUGUCCCAUUUGUCACUGUUGUCACUGUUCUCACUGCUGUCACUGUUGUCCCUGUUGUCACUGCUGUCACUGUUGUCACUGCUGUCACUGUUGUCACUGUUGUCACUGCUCUCACUGUUCACUGUUGUCACUGCUGUCACUGCUGUCACUGUUGUCACUGUUGUCUUUGCUUUCACUGCUGUCACUGUUGUCACUGCCGUCACUGUUGUCACUGCUCUCACUGUUGUCAUGCUGUCACUGCUGUCACUGUUGUCACUGCUGUCACUGUUGUCACUGUUGUCACUGCUGUCACUGUUGUCACUGCUGUCACUGCUGUCACUGUUGUCACUGUUGUCACUGCUGUCACUGCUGUCACUGCUGUCACUGUUGUCACUGCUGUCACUGUUGUCACUGUUGUCACUGCUGUCACUGUUGUCACUGUUGUCACUGUUGUCACUGUUGUCACUGCUGUCACUGCUGUCACUGUUGUCACUGUUGUCACUGCUGUCACUGCUGUCACUGUUGUCACUGCUGUCACUGCUGUCACUGUUGUCACUGUUGUCACUGUUGUCACUGCUGUCACUGUUGUCACUGUUGUCACUGCUGUCACUGUUGUCACUGCUGUCACUGUUGUCACUGCUGUCACUGUUGUCACUGCUGUCACUGUUGUCACUGCUGUCACUGUUGUCACUGUUGUCACUGCUGUCACUGUUGUCACUGCUGUCACUGUUGUCACUGCUGUCACUGUUGUCACUGCUGUCACUGCUGUCACUGCUGUCACUGCUGUCACUGUUGUCACUGCUGUCACUGUUGUCACUGUUGUCACUGUUGUCACUGUUGUCACUGCUGUCACUGUUGUCACUGUUGUCACUGCUGUCACUGUUGUCACUGCUGUCACUGCUGUCACUGUUGUCACUGCUGUCACUGUUGUCACUGCUGUCACUGCUGUCACUGUUGUCACUGCUGUCACUGUUGUCACUGUUGUCACUGCUGUCACUGUUGUCACUGCUGUCACUGUUGUCACUGCUGUCACUGUUGUCACUGCUGUCACUGCUGUCACUGUUGUCACUGCUGUCACUGUUGUCACUGCUGUCACUGUUGUCACUGUUGUCACUGCUGUCACUGUUGUCACUGUUGUCACUGCUGUCACUGUUGUCACUGCUGUCACUGUUGUCACUGUUGUCACUGCUGUCACUGUUGUCACUGUCACUGCUGUCACUGCUGUCACUGUUGUCACUGUUGUCACUGCUGUCACUGUUGUCAUUGCUGUCACUGCUGUCACUGUUGUCACUGCUUUCAGUGUUGUCACUGUUGUCACUGCUGUUAAUGCUGUCACUGUUUUCUUUGCUGCCACUGCUGUCACUGUUGUCACUGCUGUCACUGUUGUCACCUUUGUUAGUGUUGUCACUGCUGUCACCGUUUUCACUGUUGUCACUGCUGUCACUGUUGUCACUCUUGUCACUGCUGUCACUGCUGUCACUGUUGUUACUGCUGUCACUUCUGUCACUGCUGUCACUGUUGUCACUGCUUUCGCUGUUGUCACUGCUGUCACUGUUGUCACUGCUGUCACUGUUGUCACUGCUGUCACUGUUCUCACUGCUGUCACGGUUGUCACUGUUGUCUUUGCUUUCACUGUUGUCACUGUUGUCACUGCCGUCACGGUUGUCACUGUUGUCACUGUUGUCACUGCUGUCACUGCUGUCACUGCUGUCACUGUUGUCACUGUUGUCACUGUUGUCACUGCUGUCACUGUUGUCACUGUUGUCACUGCUGUCACCGUUGUCACUGUUGUCACUGCUGUCACUGCUGUCACUGUUGUCACUGCUGUCGCUGCUGUCACUGUUGUCACUGUUGUCUUUGCUGUCACUGUUGUCACUGUUGUCACUGCUGUUACUGCUGUCACUGUUGUCACUGCUGUCACUGUUGUCACUGCUGUCACUGCUGUCACUGUUGUCACUGCUGUCACUGCUGUCACUGCUGUCACUGUUGUCACUGCUGUCACUGCUGUCACUGUUGUCACUGCUGUCACUGCUGUCACUGUUGUCACUGUUGUCUUUGCUUUCACUGCUGUCACUGUUGUCACUGUUGUCACUGCUGUCACUACUGUCACUGUUGUCACUGCUGUCACUGUUUUCUCUGUUGUCACUGCUGUCACUGCUCUCACUGUUGUCACUGCUGUCACUGUCACUGCUUUCACUGUUGUCACUGCUGUCACUGUUGUCACUGUUGUCACUGUUGUCACUGCUGUCACUGUUGUCACUGUUGUCACUGCUGUCACUGCUGUCACUGUUGUCACUGCUGUCACUGUUGUCACUGUUGUCACUGUUGUCACUGCUGUCACUGCUGUCACUGUUGUCACUGCUGUCACUGUUGUCACUGCUGUCACUGUUGUCACUGCUGUCACUGUUGUCACUGCUGUCACUGUUGUCACUGUUGUCACUGCUGUCACUGCUGUCACUGUUGUCACUGCUGUCACUGUUGUCACUGCUGUCACUGUUGUCACUGCUGUCACUGCUGUCACUGUUGUCACUGCUGUCACUGUUGUCACUGUUGUCACUGCUGUCACUGUUGUCACUGUUGUCACUACUGUCACUGUUGUCACUGUUGUCUCUGCUGUCACUGCUGUCACUGUUGUCACUGUUGUCAGUGUUGUCACUGCUGUCACUGCUGUUACUGUUGUCACUGCUGUCACUGCUGUCACUUCUUUCAGUGUUGUCACUUUUGUCACUGCCUUUACUGCUGUCACUCUUGUCACUGUUUUCUUUGCUGCCACUGCUGUCACUGUUGUCACUGCUGUCACUGCUGUCACUGUUGUCACUGUUGUCACUGCUGUCACUGUUGUCACUGCUGUCACUGCUGUCACUGUUGUCACUGCUGUCACUGCUGUCACUGUUGUCACUGCUGUCACUGCUGUCACUGUUGUCACUGCUGUCACUGCUGUCACUGUUGUCACUGCUGUCACUGCUGUCACUGUUGUCACUGCUGUCACUGUUGUCACUGUUGUCACUGCUGUCACUGUUGUCACUGCUGUCACUGUUGUCACUGUUGUCACUGCUGUCACUGCUGUCACUGUUGUCACUGCUGUCACUGCUGUCACUGUUGUCACUGUUGUCACUGUUGUCACUGCUGUCACUGCUGUCACUGUUGUCACUGCUGUCACUGUUGUCACUGCUGUCCCUGUUGUCACUGUUGUCACUGUUGUCACUGUUGUCACUGUUUUCACUGUUGUCACUGCUGUCACUGUUGUCUCUGCUGUCACUGCUGUCACUGUUGUCACUGCUGUCACUGUUGUCACUGCUGUCACUGUUGUCACUGCUGUCACUGUUGUCACUGCUGUCACUGCUGUCACUGUUGUCACUGCUGUCACUGCUGUCACUGCUGUCACUGUUGUCACUGCUGUCACUGCUGUCACUGUUGUCACUGCUGUCACUGUUGUCACUGCUGUCACUGUUGUCACUGCUGUCACUGUUGUCACUGUUGUCACUGUUGUCACUGCUGUCACUGUUGUCACUGCUGUCACUGUUGUCACUGUUGUCACUGCUGUCACUGUUGUCACUGCUGUCACUGUUGUCACUGUUGUCACUGCUGUCACUGUUGUCACUGCUGUCACUGCUGUCACUGUUGUCACUGCUGUCACUGUUGUCACUGUUGUCACUGCUGUCACUGCUGUCACUGUUGUCACUGCUUGUCACUGUUGUCACUGCUGUCACUGCUGUCACUGUUGUCACUGCUGUCACUGUUGUCUGUCACUGCUGUCACUGCUGUCACUGCUGUCACUGUUGUCACUGCUGUCACUGUUGUCACUGCUGUCACUGCUGUCACUGUUGUCACUGUUGUCACUGCUGUCACUGUUGUCACUGUUGUCACUGCUGUCACUGUUGUCACUGCUGUCACUGCUGUCACUGUUGUCACUGCUGUCACUGCUGUCACUGCUGUCACUGUUGUCACUGCUGUCACUGCUGUCACUGUUGUCACUGCUGUCACUGUUGUCACUGCUGUCACUGCUGUCACUGUUGUCACUGUUGUCACUGCUGUCACUGCUGUCACUGUUGUCACUGCUGUCACUGUUGUCACUGCUGUCACUGUUGUCACUGUUGUCACUGCUGUCACUGUUGUCACUGCUGUCACUGCUGUCACUGCUGUCACUGUUGUCACUGUUGUCACUGCUGUCACUGUUGUCACUGCUGUCACUGCUGUCACUGUUGUCACUGUUGUCACUGUUGUCACUGCUGUCACUGUUGUCACUGUUGUCACUGCUGUCACUGCUGUCACUGUUGUCACUGCUGUCACUGCUGUCACUGUUGUCACUGUUGUCACUGUUGUCACUGUUGUCACUGUUGUCACUGCUGUCACUGUUGUCACUGCUGUCACUGUUGUCUGUCACUGUUGUCACUGCUGUCACUGCUGUCACUGCUGUCACUGCUGUCACUGUUGUCACUUUUGUCACUGCUUGUUACUGUUGUCACUGUUGUCACUGCUGUCACUGUUGUCACUGCUGUCACUGUUGUCACUGUUGUCACUGCUGUCACUGUUGUCACUGCUGUCACUGUUGUCACUGCUGUCACUGUUGUCACUGCUGUCACUGCUGUCACUGUUGUCACUGCUGUCACUGUUGUCACUGCUGUCACUGUUGUCACUGCUGUCACUGUUGUCACUGCUGUCACAGUUGUCACUGCUGUCACUGUUGUCACUGUUGUCACUGCUGUCACUGUUGUCACUGUUGUCACUGCUGUCACUGCUGUCACUGUUGUCACUGCUUUCCCUGCUGUCACUGCUUUCAGUGUUGUCACUGUUUUCCCUGUUGUCACUGCUGUCACUGUUGUCACCGUUGUCACUGCUGUCACUGUUGUCACUGUUGUCUUUGCUGUCACUGCUGUCACUGUUGUCACUGUUGUCACUGUUGUCACUGCUGUCACUGUUGUCACUGCUGUCACUGUUGUCACUGCUGUCACUGUUGUCACUGUUGUUACUGUUGUCGUUGUUGUCACUGUUGUCACUGUUGUCACUGUCACUGUUGUCACUGCUGUCACUGUUGUCACUGUUGUCACUGUUGUCACUGUUGUCACUGUUGUCACUGUUGUCACUGUUGUCACUGUUGUCACUGUUGUCACUGUUGUCACUGUUGUCACUGUUGUCACUGUUGUCACUGUUGUCACUGCUGUCACUGUUGUCACUGUUGUCACUGUUGUCACUGUUGUCACUGCUGUCACUGUUGUCACUGCUGUCACUGUUGUCACUGCUGUCACUGCUGUCACUGUCGUCACUGCUGUCACUGUUGUCACUGUUGUCACUGCUCUCACUGUUGUCACUGUUGUCACUGCUGUCACUGUUGUCACUGUUGUCACUGCUGUCACUGUUGUCACUGUUGUCACUCUUUCACUGUCACUGCUGUCACUGUUGUCACUGCUUUCCCUGUUGUCACUGCUGUCACUGUUGUCACUGUUGUCACUGUUGUCACUGUUGUCACUGUUGUCACUGUUGUCACUGCUGUCACUGUUGUCACUGCUGUCACUGUUGUCACUGCUGUCACUGUUGUCACUGCUGUCACUGUUGUCACUGCUGUCACUGUUGUCACUGUUGUCACUGCUGUCACUGCUGUCACUGCUGUCACUGUUGUCACUGCUGUCACUGUUGUCACUGUUGUCACUGCUGUCACUGUUGUCACUGUUGUCACUGUUGUCACUGCUGUCACUGUUGUCACUGCUGUCACUGCUGUCACUGUUGUCACUGUUGUCACUGCUGUCACUGUUGUCACUGCUGUCACUGCUGUCACUGUUGUCACUGCUGUCACUGUUGUCACUGUUGUCACUGCUGUCACUGUUGUCACUGCUGUCACUGUUGUCACUGCUGUCACUGUUGUCACUCUUGGCAGUGCUCUCACUGUUCUCACCGCUGUCACUGUUGUCACUGCUGUCACUGUUGUCACUGUUGUCACUGCUGUCACUGUUGUCACUGUUGUUUUCACUGUUGUCACUGCUGUCACUGUUGUGACUGCUGUCACUGCUGUCAAUGUUUUCACUGCUGUCACUGUUGGCGUUGUUGUCAUUGCUGUCACAGCUGUCACUGUUGUCACCGUUGUCAAGGCUGUCACUGCUUUCACUGCUGUCACUGUUGUCACUGCUGUCACUGUUGGCACUGCUCUUACUGUUGUCACUGUUGUCACUGCUGUCACUGCUUUCACUGCUGUGACUGUUGUCACUGCUUUCACAGUUGUCACUGCUAUCACUGUUGUCACUGUUGUCACUGCUGUCACUGUUGUCACUGCUGUCACUGUUGUCUUUGCUUUCCCUGCUGUCACUGUUGUCUUUGCUUUCACUGCUGUCACUGUUGUCACUGCUGUCACUGUCACUGUUGUCACUGUUGUCACUGCUGUCGCUCUUGUCACUGUUGUCACUGCUGUCACUGCUGUCACUGUUGUCACUGCUGUCACUGCUGUCACUGUUGUCACUGCUGUCACUGCUGUCACUGUUGUCACUGUUGUCACUGCUGUCACUGCUGUCACUGUUGUCACUGCUGUCACUGUUGUCACUGCUGUCACUGUUGUCACUGCCGUCACUGUCGUCACUGCUUUCACUGUUGUCACUGUUGUCAGUGCUGUCACUGCUGUCACUGUUGUCACUGCUGUUACUGUCGUCACUGCUGUCACUGUUGUCACUGCUGUCUCUGCUGUCACUGCUGUCUCUGCUGUCACUGCUAUCACUGUUGUCACUGCUGUCACUGUUGUCACUGUUGUCACUGCUGUCACUGUUGUCACUGCUGUCACUGCUGUCACUGUUGUCACUGCUGUCACUGUUGUCACUGUUGUCACUGCUGUCACUGUUGUCACUGUUGUCUUUGCUGUCACUUUUGUCUCUGCUGUCACUGCUAUCACUGUUGUCACUGCUGUCACGGUUGUCACUGCUGUUACUGCUGUCACUGUUGUCACUGCUGUCACUGUUGUCAUUGCUGCCGCUGCUUUUAGUGUUGUCACUGCUGUCACUGUUGUCACUGUUGUCUUUGCUGUCACUUUUGUCACUGCUGUCACUUGUCACUGCUGUCACUGCUGUCACUGUUGUCACUGCUGUCACUGCUGUCACUGUUGUCACUGUUGUCACUGCUGUCACUGUUGUCACUGCUGUCACUGCUGUCACUGUUGUCACUGCUGUCACUGCUGUCACUGUUGUCACUGCUGUCACUGUUGUCAUUGCUGUCACUGCUGUCACUGCUGUUACUGCUGUCACUGUUGUCACUGCUGUCACUGUUGUCAUUGCUUCCGCUGCUUUUAGUGUUGUCAUUGCUGUCACUGUUGUCACUGUUGUCUUUGCUGUCACUUUUGUCACUGCUGUCACUGCUGUCACUGUUGUCACUGCUGUCACAGUUGUCACUGCUGUCACUGUUGUCACUGCUGUCACUGCUGUCAUUGUUGUCACUGCUGUCACCGUUGUCAGUGUUGUCACUGCUGUCACUGUUGUCACUGCUGUCACUGUUGUCACUGCUGUCGCUGCUGUCACUGUUGUCACUGCUGUCACUGUUGUCACUGCUGUUACUGCUGUCACUUUUGUCACUGCUUUUACUGUUGUCACUGCUCUCACUGCUGUCACUGUUGUCACUGCUGCCGCUGCUUUUAGUGUAGUCACUGCUUUCACUGUUGUCACUGUUGUCUUUGCUGUCACUGUUGUCACUGUUGUCUUUGCUGUCACUUUUGUCACUGCUGUCAGUGUUGUCACUGCUAUCACUGUUGUCACUGCUGUCACCGUUGUCACUGCUGUCACUGUUGUCACUGCUGUCACUGUUGUCACUGUUGUCACUGCUGUCGCUGUGGCAUUGCUGUCACUGUUGUCACUGCUGUCACUUGUGUCACUGUUGUCACUGCUGUCACUGUUGUCACUGCUGUCACUGCUGUCACUGCUGUCACUGUGGUCACUGUUGUCACUGCUGUCACUGCUGUUACUGUUGUCACUGUUGUCACUGCUGUCACUGUUGUCACUGCUGUUACUGCUGUCACUGUUGUCACUGCUGUCACUGUUGUCACUGCUGUCACUGUUGUCACUGCUGUCAGUGAUGUCACUGUUGUCGCUGCUGUCACUGUUGUCACUGCUGUCACUCUUGUCACUGCUGUCACUGUUGUCACUGCUGUCAGUGUUGUCACUGUUGUCACUGCUGUCACUGUUGUCACUGUUGUGACUGCUGUCGCUGUUGUCACUGCUGUCACUGUUGUCAAUGCUGUCACUGUUGUCACUGUUGGCACUGCUGUCACUGCUGUCACUGCUGUCACUGUUGUCACUGCUGUGACUGUUGUCACUGCUGUCACUGCUGUCACAGUUGUCACUGCUGUCACUGUUGUCACUGUUGUCACUGCUGUCACUGUUGUUACUGUUGUCCCUGCUGUCACUGUUGUCACUGUUGUCGAACGGAGACCACAUCAUGCGUCAAGUGGUCGCUUACAAGAGGUUUUAAUACACGUGCACAAACUGCUCAUCAGUCCCUACCUAAAAAAUGGGCUUUUUUAAACGCCUUCUAAACACGUUAACUUUCUUUUUGCACCGCCCUCCCAUAUGCCCCUUAUCUCCGUUUUAUAGAUUUGCAUGGUUUCUUCUUACAACGAAUGCUGCCUUUGUUAAGAACAAACAUUAACCACAAUCGACUGCAAAGGACCGCGAACGAAUAUGCCAAAGAACGUAGGAUCUAUAAAGACCUGAUCAGUAAAAAUAAUAAUGUAGACAUAUUAAAUUCUGUCUCUGUUAAGCCCUUUUGCUUUUUUCUUUGUCUAUCUUUGUUUUGUUCCUUUUAUAUAUAAGCGUAAUGAUAAUUUUUGCAAUAAUAAUCUUCUAAUGCUGUUUUUUUGCAGUUUCCUUUGCUUUUUUCGUGAUUUUUUUUUCCCUUUGUUUUGUAUGUUAAUGUGUAAUAAAGUGCUGUUAAAUUUAAAAAAAGAAGAGGUUUUAACCUCUUGUAAAAAGAACAAUGGAAACUAAGAAAACCGACAGGUUUAGAAAAUAGUGGCUGCGAUCGCUCAUGAUGGUCGUCGUUUUACGAGAGCUUUUGAUUAUAGGGCUUUGACUGGGAAAUUUUUGGUGUUAUGGAUAAGUGGUCGCUUACGGGCGGGAGUUGCAAAUAGAGGCUCGACUGUAGGACAGAAUCGAUUUUAUAGGAACCCCAUUUCGAAGUAGACUUAGAAGGAAUGUAGAUGUUUCAAUAAUGUAUUUUCUUGUCAUUCUUUCAGAUUUAUCCGGAGAGGCAGUUUCUCUACAUCUGGACAGUGCCACGAAGGAUUUUAUUUUAACAUUCGAUCUCCUUCUUCGUGGUGAAGUGCGUGUUUCGGUUGUCAUAGAAACAGACAACUCCGUUCUUUAUACGGUACAUUAUUCCACGAAUAACGUGCUUAUUUCUGCGACGGAAUCGGAGGUAUUUUACGGUCUAGGCCGUUGGAAAGGCUGGAAAAGAAUUGUGCGCAGUUUGGAUACCGAUCUAAGAAAAGGGCUGGCGCUCCGUGCGGCUGAUAAAAAGAAAACCAGGAAGAGUAAACUGUCAUUGACUGAAAUACAGAGUAUUGCACUGCGUGGCAGAGGAGCCAUAGACAAUAUCUCCUUGGCGCAUUCCGCUCAUGCGCACUUCUUUCUGGCGGCUGCCAAUUGGUUCUUACGUAAUCAAAACGAGCAGGGCAAUUGGCCAAUCACCGUCAAGCGCGUAGUGGAAAGCGUGACGCUUCAUCCCAACUGGUACUCCGCAAUGGCUCAAGGCCAUGGCAUGUCGCUUCUUACGAGAGCUUAUUUAUACACAAAAAACGAAGUCUAUUUAAACGCCGCGUUGCGAGCGACAUCUUUAUUUAAAAUCAGGGCCAAAGACAAAGGCCUGUUAGCUACAUUCAUGAAUCAAUACCCGUGGUAUGAAGAGUAUCCAACCUCGCCUUCACUCUUUGUACUCAACGGAUUCAUUUAUUCUCUGCUUGGCCUUUAUGAUUUGAAGCUCACUGCGAGCCCUCACCAUGCCAGGGAAGCAGCGGAGUUGUUUAAUCAGGGCAUGCGCUCUUUAAAAGUAAUGCUGCCGCUUUACGACAGUGGCUCGGGCAGCUUCUAUGAUUUGCGUCACGUGACCAUGCAUCUCGAACCAAAUUUGGCGCGGUGGGAUUAUCAUACGCUUCACGUGAGCCUGUUGUACUUUCUGGCCAGCAUUAACGGCUCAGAUCCCAUUUUCAAGUCCACAGCAGUCCGGUGGGAAAGUUAUGCGAAAGGAAAAAGGGCGAAACACAACUAGAACCGUUAUGCAUUCUGUUAUCGACGCGAAAAGAGUCACUUCAAGCGUUCUCAUGCAACUAGCUUGAUUAGAGAUAAGGUUUACUGAAAGUAACGCUGCCCACAACCUCGCGUUCAGGUUUCCUUCCUACUCGUCCCUACGAAGCGAAAGAGGGAGAGAGAUGCCUUAACGGGUGGAAGGAGAGAGCCCUGGGACCGAGGUUGCGAUUUUAAGGCUACACGCGCAAGUUGAGUCCUGAGUGAAUAAUACAGGGGAAUUUUAUCGUUUUCGACAUAUUGAAUCGCUAUAAACUACUUUUUCCCCUAUGGCUUUUUCCGGUAUCCGACGCUUAACCGAUUCAAGUGAUAGGCAAUCAAACAUGUCUCCAGAGUCAAUCUGGAAACGUAAGGCUUUUAGAAUCACCGACCAAUUUCUUUGCGUUCUCACGGCGGUUGUGACGAGGGGUAGUUAUUUGUAGAUUUAAAAUCGUUAGAGAGAUGAAAGCUGAAGAGACCAGCUUGACUUCGUUUAGGCCCAUCCUUGGUUUUAGAACCUGUAACCUCUAAAAUUAUAAAAAGACCAGGAAGUCAACACAAUAGCUCCUAGGGAAAUGAGAGGUUAAAAACAAAGAAAAACUUAACAGCUUCUUACGCCGAGGUAAACCCUGUUUUUAACUGCGAAGAAAUGUCUUCUCUCCACUUCCCUAUUCUUUUAAUCAGGGCUCGAAAAAAACGUGAAUUUCAGCGUGCCCUUUGGGCAAGUAACUCUCGCAUUUGGCUUGUCUAGGGCCACUUCUUGCUUGUCUAAGUUAAUGAUUUUGUUAGAUGACCCUUGACCCUUGCUGCCUUGAAAGGUACUGUAUUUAGUAAAGGCCGCCGCAUGUGGAAGCAAAAUCACCAAUAAACGCCGCGUUAAUCAGAAGAAUGCGGCGUUUAUUCGAAAAUUAUAAGAAAAACAAACUCGGUGCAACCGGACAAUGUACCCCAUUCCGGACACUUCCUAUUCUAUCUUGACGAAAAAGACUUGUAUUAUAGAACUGUUAACGCCUUUCUGUUUUACGUUAUAAUUUUUAAAUGAUUUACCGUAAUUGCUGUCAAAGCAAGACCUGUUAUUUUGAAAUAAACCCCGCCCCCGUUUAGUCUGCUACACAGACGUUCUCUGUGUCGUCACGCAGCGCAUUAUAUCCAUUUAAUUUUAAUAAGGAACUCUUGCGAAUGAGAAUCGGAGACUUAAACUACUGUUAUGUUACCGUCUUGUAAUUUUUGGUUUUCUUGUUAAUUUCUAGAAAAUAAUUUAUUACAUGAAGAUGACUAUAACAUGAAGUUUUAAUCUCGUCACGAAUAAGUGGCCGUUGAACGUUGUUCUAUAAAUUUAAGGAAUAUAUUAUGACUUUAUUGGACCACAGAGGCUUGCUUGAGCUCCCGUUUGGUUGUAAAAAGUGAAAGUAAUGCUUCGAGCUUGAAUAAAGUGAUCUUACAUAAUCAUGC